UCUCUUCUCGAUGAAUUAUUCCUGCCAAAUAGAUAAUCUAUCAAUAGAUUGAGCGCAUCUUCUCCUUCCUCUUGGGAUUACGAAAUCUAAAUCGAUUUUCUCCGAGUUGAGUUUUGGGUCGGUUGAGGUAUUCGAUCUUGAAAGGGGAAAAUCGUCAAUGGCAGCGGCAAGAAAUGCUACGGCGGCUGCAGUUUGUCCGGCGCCGAUGAAGGCGACAUCGGACGGAGCAUGGCAAGGAGAAAACCCGCUCCAUUACGCUCUGCCGCUGGCGAUCGUCCAGAUCAUUCUCGUUGUUGUUGUUACCCGUGCACUCGCCUUCCUGCUCCGACCCCUUCGCCAGCCGCGCGUCAUCGCUGAGAUCAUCGGAGGGAUAUUGCUCGGCCCAUCAGCACUGGGCCGAAACAAAACCUUUCUGAAUAACGUGUUCCCAACUCGGAGCAUAACAGUCCUGGAUACGCUCGCCAACUUCGGCCUUCUUUUCUUUCUCUUUCUCGUGGGCCUUGAAUUGGACCUGCGCGCCUUACGGCGGACCGGGAGAACCGCCCUUGCCAUUGCGGUCGCCGGGAUCUCCCUCCCAUUCGUCCUCGGCAUCGGCACCUCCGUCGUCCUUCGCUCCACCGUCAACCCCGGCGUCCGCCCAGGCCCGUUCCUCGUUUUCAUGGGUGUCUCCCUCUCCAUCACUGCCUUCCCGGUCCUCGCCCGCAUCCUCGCCGAGCUCAAACUCCUCACCACCGACCUUGGCCGCAUGGCCAUGUCCGCCGCCGCUGUUAACGAUGUAUCUGCCUGGAUCCUCCUCGCCCUAGCCAUCGCCCUCUCCGGCUCCGGAUCCCCUCUCAAGACCCUCUGGGUCCUCCUUUCAGCCGUCGCCUUCGUCAUCGGCGCCACCAUCUUCCUUCGCCCCGCUCUCUCCUUUGCCGCCCGACGGUCCCCCGCCGGCGAGCCUGUCAGAGAAUCUUUCAUCUGCGCUACUCUUACCGUCGUCCUCGCCGCUGGCUUCAUAACAGAUGCCAUCGGCAUCCACGCUCUUUUCGGCGGCUUCGUCGUGGGUGUCCUCGUCCCAAAAGAAGGACCUUUUGCAACAGUCCUCAUCGAAAAGCUCGAGGACCUCAUCUCCUCCCUUCUCCUACCCCUCUACUUCGUCUCCAGCGGCCUGAAAACAAACAUCGCCACCAUCUCCGGCGCCCGCUCAUGGGGUCUCCUCGUCCUCGUCAUAACCAACGCCUGCUUCGGAAAAAUCGUGGGCACUGUCCUAGUCUCCUUCCUCAUCCGCGUCCCAGCUCGCGAAGCCCUCGCCCUCGGAUUUCUAAUGAACACCAAAGGCCUCGUCGAGCUAAUCGUCCUCAAUAUCGGCCGUGACCGCAAAGUUCUCAACGAUGAAUGCUUCGCCAUCCUCGUUCUAAUGGCUCUCUUCACCACUUUCAUCACCACUCCCAUCGUAAUGGCAGUUUAUAAACCCGCCCGCCGCCGCCACUCCACCACCCCUUACAAACACCGAACCAUUGGCCGCGACGACAACUUGUUACACGAGCUCCGCAUCCUCGCCUGCUUCCACUGUAGCCGUAAUAUUCCAACUUUAAUCAACCUCAUCGAAUCAUCCCGGGGCACCCGCCGGCGCCGACUCACCGUCUACGCAAUGCACCUAAUGGAAUUCUCUGAACGCUCCUCCGCCAUCUUCAUGGUCAAUAAAGCCCGCCUCAACGGCCUCCCGUUCUGGCGCCGGCCCAACUCCACCGACGCCGAUGAAGACCACGUGGUCGUCGCCUUUGAAGCAUACCGACAGCUCAGCCGAGUCGCCAUCCGCCCAAUGACGGCAAUCUCCGACAUGAACACUAUCCACGAAGACAUCAUCGCCAGCGCUGAGCAGAAACGCAUUGCUCUCAUCAUUCUUCCAUUCCAUAAAUUCCAGAGAAUUGAUGGCGUGCUAGAGUCAAACGGUGCAGCACAGCACAACGUUAACAAGCGCGUUCUCCGCGCCGCCCCCUGCUCUGUCGCUGUGCUAGUUGAUCGAGGCCUCGGUGGCGCGGCACUCGUCUCAUCCAGCGACGUAUCGUAUACAAUGGCUGUGCUCUUCUUCGGCGGUCCGGAUGAUCGCGAGGCCCUCGAUUAUGGUGUGAGAAUGGUGGAGCAUCCCGGAAUCUCACUCGUCGUCCUUCGAUUUUUACAGCAAGACCUUGCCGACGCCGACGACGAAGAGUCGGUGGCGUACUUCCAAUCGAAGAAGACUUCUGGGAGGUACGAGGAAGUGGCGGCUGUGGGGACGGUGCAGGUGGCGGCGGCGAUAAAGGCUGCAGGUAGGUUUAAUUUGUUUAUCGUGGGGCGGAGGGCGAGGGUUGCAGUGGCAUUGGUGGAGAGAACGGAUUGUCCUGAACUUGGUCCGGUGGGAAGUUAUUUGGUAUCGCCGGAGUUCUCGACGGCGGCGUCGGUGCUGGUUAUGCAGCGAUACGAUCCCAAAGUCGAGGUUGAGGAUCUUUUGGGAGAGGAUUGUGCGGUGCAGGUUUAUGACGUGCCUGACACGCCGUUAUCCGCCAUUACACCGGAGGCGUCCAAUUUCUAUUUAACAGCGUAAAACAUUACGAGUGGUUUGAUUGUAAUUUCAGUAUGAAUUUGAGGACGGAUGGUGAAAGUUUGAAUGAUGGAGCUAGGCAGAUUAAUAUCAAGGUUUGGUUGAUCAGCACGGAUCGAUGAGCAAAAUCGCGUCGCUGGCUUAACCCUAGUACCCUACACUGUGGAGCGUGAUAAUUUGGAUAAAGAAUUUAUCCCUAUUACAAACUAUGUAAAAUUAUAUGAAGUUUUAAUGAAUGCAUGUGUAACAAAAA